GGGAGAGCUCAGGGGGGUUUGGGCAGCAUUCUAGACUCUGUAACUGCCUACACUUUAAAGAGCAGUGGUCUGUGAAAGAAGACUUGUAACCCGAAGAAGCAGUAACCAAAACUUGAAUAGUUCGUACUGAUUCACAGCCUAGAAAGGGGCUUGGAUGGCUUAAACUGAAGUGUUGCUGAUUUGCUCUUCUCUUGCUUCUGCUGAACGUGUUAUUUACUUCAUCCUUGAUAGUGAUGCUACAGAACAGAGAGAAAUGGAUAAAAACAUUGGUGAGCAACUCAAUAAAGCUUAUGAAGCUUUCCGACAGGCAUGCAUGGAUAGAGAUUCUGCAGUAAAAGAACUACAGCAAAAGCAGACUGAAAACUAUGAGCAGAGAAUACGUGAGCAACAGGAACAGCUGUCACUUCAACAAACUAUUAUUGACAAGCUAAAAUCACAGUUACUUCUUGUGAAUUCCAGUCGAGAUAACAGUUAUGGCUGUGUUCCCCUGCUCGAAGACAGUGAAGCAAGGAAGAAUAAUUUGACCCUUGAUCAGCCACAUGAUAAAGUAAAAUCAGGAAUACCAAGAGAAAAAGAAUCCAAGGAAAGAAGACAAGAAGUUUCUUCUCCUAGAAAAGAAACUUCACCAAGGAGUCUUGGCAUUCCUUUAUUCCAUGAAAGGAGUUAUAUAGAGAAGACUUUCUGGGAUCUGAAAGAAGAAUUUCAUAGAAUAUGCAUGCUAGCAAAAGCUCAAAAAGACCACUUAAGCAAACUUAAUGUCCCAGCCACUGCAACUGAGACACAGUGCUCGGUGCCUGUACAGUGUACCGAUAAAACAGAUAAACAGGAAGUGCUGUUUAAGCAUCAGACUAAAGAUGAUAUAAAUAGAGGCGCACCCUGCAUCACGUCUGUCACACCAAGAGGACUGGGCCGAGAUGAGGAAGACACCUCUUUUGAAUCACUUUCUAAGUUCAAUGUCAAGUUUCCACCUGUGGACAGUGACUCUACUUUCUUACAUAGUACCCCAGAAAGACCCAAUGUCCUUGGUCCUGCCAUAUCUGAGGCUGUGUGUGAGGAUAAAUUCAAUAUGGAAAUCAUAGACAACCCAGGAAACUUUGUUAAAACAGAAGAAACUUUAUUUGAAAUUCAGGGAAUUGACCCUAUAGCCUCAGCUAUACAAAACCUUAAAACAACUGACAAUACAAAAUCCUCAAAUCUUGUAAACACUUGUAUCAGGACAACUCUGGAUAGAGCUCCGUGCUUACCACCUGGAGACCAUAAUGCAUUAUAUGUAAAAACAUUCCCUGAUAAGGACCUGUCUGAUGCUUUUCCUUCACUUGAUUCACCAGGAAAACCUAUCCGAGGACCACAGCAGCCAGUUUGGAAGCCCUUUCCUAGUCCAGACGGUGACCCACCAGUACAAAGUGGCACAGGCUCAGAACUGCAUAUACCUCGAGUAUGUGAAUUCUGUCAAGCGGUUUUCCCACCCUCCAUUACAUCCAGGGGGGAUUUCCUCCGGCAUCUUAAUUCACACUUUAAUGGGGAGACCUAAGACACAUUUGAAAAAGACAUAUCGGGUUCUAUGUGAUGAUUUUGAGUUUGUAAUACUAUAAAUACUCUGAUUGCAAACUUACUUCGAGACCAUUUGUUAAAAAAUCACAGCUAUUUGAAUUUUUCUAAACUUAUAUUGUAACUUUCUUUUAUUAAAGAUCAAACUGUAA